GUUAAUUUCUCUUUAAAAAAUUUAUGUACAUUUUUUUGUGACAUUAGUUGCAAUCGCCGCAAUGUGACAUCAUGUUCCCCCUUUCCACCCAGGGUUCCCUGUGUCCAUUUAUUGGGUUCCUGUCCCUUUCUGCCUUCUUGUCUUGCGUUUGGACAGAGGUUGCCCAUCUCAUCUCGUACAUUUGAUUGAACUAAAAAGCACGUUCCUCACUUGCGUUAUUUUUUGUUUUAUACACCUGUCUAUCUUUGUCUAAAAAAUGAGCUUCAGGAAUGGCUUCAGUUCUGAAUUAGCAGAGUGUUCGGGGGCCCCACAGUCUUGGGAGUUCCUGUAGUCUCUGGUGGACCAAUAAGUCUGGUCUUUUUUUGUGAAUUUAAAUUCCGUUCAAUAUUUUUCUACUGUUCUGUCCAGGACUUCCUGUUGUAAUCCCUGUCAGAGCAGUCAUUGGUGGUAGCCAGGCACCGUGUAGUUUUCCUGGUGUCAAGCUGGUAGAGUCUCUGGUUCAUGUAGUCCCUUGGGCUAAUAUUUUCCUUGUGUCUUUGGUUUUCUUCCCUUUCUUUUGUUUUGGAUGGAAUUGGACCAAUAGAUUUGUCUUAGAUGGCUACUUGCAAGCUUUUAAGACCCCAGGCACUACUCACCAAAGUGGGAUAUAGAACAUUUUCUGCAUGAACUAUGUUAUACCAAAUGACCUGAUAACCCCCGAGAUUGUGGUCUCUAGCCCCCAGCCCCAGCUGCUUGGUCCCUCAGAUUGUUUGGAUGUGUCUGGGUGUAACUGCUUUGCUUUUGCUUUUGGUGCAGUUGCGCUGCCUUCCUCUUUAUUGUGUGUUGUCUUUCCCGUCACCAUAGUUGACACUUGUCUACUAUUUAGUUAGUGUUUUUUUCCCCUCGUAACCAUCAAAGAAUGUUUUUUUUCUGUGCAUAAACCUUUUCUUGAGUUCUUAAAAUAGUGGUCUCAUGCAAUAUUUGUCCUUUUGUGACUGUCGUAUUUCACUCAGCAUAAUGCCUGCUAGAUUCGUCUAUGUUGUGAGAUUUUUCAUGAAUUCAUGACUGUUCUUUUAUCAUUGCCCAGUAUUCCGUUGUGUGUGUGUACCAUAAUUUGUUUAUCCAUUCGUCUGCUGAUGGGCAUUUUGCUUGUUUCCAUCUUUUGCUGUUGUAAAUAAUGCUCCAGUGAACACGGGUGUGCAUAUGUCUAGUCAUGUGACGGCUCUUAUUUCUCCAGGGCAUAUUCCCAGGAGUGGGAUUGCUGGAUCACAUGGUAGUUCUAUUUCUAGCUAUUUAAGGAAGCGCCAUAUCAUUUUCCAAAGUGGUUGUACCAUUUUAUUCCCACCAGCAGUGCCUAAGAGUUCCAGUCUCCCCUCAACCUCUCCAACAUUUGUUAGUGUUUUUUUGAUUAGUGCCAGUAUUGUCAGGUUAAGAUGAUAUCUCAUUAUAGUUUUGAUUUGCAUUUCUCUAAUGGCUCAGAGUUGCCAGCAUUUCCUCAUGUGCCUGUUAGACACCAGAAUGUCUUCUUUGGUAAAGUGUCUAUUCAUUUCCUUUGCCCAUUUUUUAAUUAGAUUAUUUGUCUUUUUGUUGUUGAGGUGUUGAAGAAUUUUGUAGAUUUUAGAGACCCUUGUCAGACAUGUUGUAGCCAAAAAUUUUUUCCCAGUCUGUAGAUUCUCUUUUUACCCUUUUGGUCAAGUCUUUUGAUGAGCUUAAGUGUUUAAUUUUUAGGAGCUCCGAGUUACCUAGUUUCUCUUUUGGUGUUUGUGCAUUGUUAGAUAUGGUUUGUACCCUAUUUAUGCCAUGUAUUAGGGCCUCUAGUGUUGUCCAUAUUUUUUCUUCCAUGAUCUUUAUUGUUUUAGAUUUUAUACUUAGGUCUUUGAUCCAUUUUGAGUUAGUUUUUGUGUAUGGUGUGAGGUACGGAUUUUGUUUCAUUUUUUUACAGAUGGACAUCCACUUAUACCAGCACUAUUUGUUAAAGAGACUGCCUUUUCCCCAUUAAUGGAUUUUGACGCUUUGUCAAGUAUCAGCUGCUUAUGGAUGGAUGGAUAGAUUUACCUCUGGGUUCUCAAUUCUGUUCCAUUGGUUUGUAUGUUUGUUGUUGUAGCAGUACCAGGCUGUUUUGACUAUCGUGGCUGUAUAACAGGUUCUAAAAUCAGGUAGUAUGAGGCCUUCCACUAUGUUUUUCUUUUUCAGUAAUCCUUUACUAUUACUUAUCCCCUUUCAAUAUAAAAUUGGUGAUUUUUUUCUCCAUCUCGUUGAAGAAUGGAAUUUUGAUGGGGAUCACAUUGUAUCUGUAGAUUGCUUUGGGUAGAAUUGACAUUUUCACAAUGAUGAGUCUUCCUAUCCAUGAGCACGGUAUCUCUUUCCACUUAGGUAGAUCGCUUUUGGUUUUUUGCAGUAGUGUUUUGUAGUUUCCUUUGUGUGGGUCUUUUAUGUCCCUGGUUAGAUUUAUUCCUGAAUACUUGGGGGUUAUUGUAAAGAGUCUUGAUUUGAUGAUUUUCUUUUCAAAGCUCUCUUUGUUGAUAUAGAGGAAUCCAGUUGAUUUUUUUAAAAUAAUUUUUAUUGUGCUUUAAGUGAAAGUUUACAAAUCAAGUCAGUCUCUCACACAAAAACCCAUAUACACCUUGCUACACACUCCCCAUUACUCUCCCCCUAAUGAGACAGUCUGCUCUCUCCCUCCACUCUCUCUUUUUCAUGUCCUUUUCGCCAGCUUCUAACCCCCUCCACCCUCUCAUCUCCCCUGUAGGCAGGAGAUGCCAACAUAGGCUUAAGUGUCCCCCUGAUCCAAGAAGCUCACUCCUCACCAGCAUCCCUCUUCCAAUUUAUUUUUGUAUGUUAAUCUUAUAUCCUGUUACUUAGCUGAAAUCUUCUAUUAGUUUCAGUAGCUUUCCUAUGGAUUCUUUGGGGUUUUCUGUGUAUAAGAUCAUAUCAUCUGUGACCAGGAAUAGGUUUAUCAAUUUAUUUUAUCAGUUUGGAUGCCCUUUAUUUCUUUUUCUUGAAUAAAAGUGGUGAUAAAGGACAUCUUUGGACCGUGAAGUCUUUUAAAUAAGGUUAUUUUUAGCCUCAUUAGUGGAAAAUCUGACCAAGGAAGGAUAGCUUACUUUAGGGACCUCUUGUCCCUGUGUCCUUUGGAACAUAUAACUUUGAAGACUUUAAAAAAAUGUUCAACUUGACUUUUAUAAUACUGUAUUUUUUCAGUUAAAAUAGUAAAUUAACUGGCUGAGAGUUCUUAAAAGCUAAAUAAUCAGCAAGUAUUAUUGAGAACUUGCUCUCAGUUUAGGGGAGAGUCAAGGGUAUGUCAGGGCACAAAUCAUGGGCUGCUUUAAUAUCUGUAUGGAAUAAUUAGAGGAAAUAGAGCACUAACCUACAGUACUUAGUUAUAGUAAGAGUUCAGAGAAGGAAUCAGUAUCAGUUUGAGUAGGCAAAAAUGGGACUUGAGCUUAUCCUUGAAUGAUUACAGGAUUAGUUGGGAGAGGACAUUCCUGAUAGAAAUUUCAGGAGAUUAAUUAGACUGGAGCCUGAAGGUGGAGCUCUGUGGAUAGUAUUACUAUCCCCAUUUGACAGGUGAAAAAGAAAUGAAGCUAAUAAACUUGCCCAAGGCCAACUUGUUUGUAAAUGGGAUUUAAAAACAAGUUUUUCAUUCUUUUUAUUUUUAAAAUAAUUUUUAAUAACUUAUUAUGGUACAUUGCAAACACAUGCAAAAUAGGAGAAUAUAAUGAACCUCCAUGUACUGAACACCCAGCUUUAAGUUACCAGCUCAUGGCCAAUUUUUUUUUUCUAUGCCGCUAUCUACUCUCAUCCUUUUUUUUUUUCUUUUUUUGUCUUGCGUAUUUUAGUUGGGGAUGUUUCAGUAAUAGAAAACCAGAUUAAACACUGGCUUAAAUUUUUUUUUUUUUUUUAAGUUAGGAGUUUACUUAUCUUGUACACAAGAAGUCCAGAGACAGGCAAUGAUUGAUGUAUGUUUAGGUGGCUUAAGGAUGUCAGGGUCAAAAAUCUCUAGUUCUCUUGACUUUUCCUUUAUGAUCACAAAAUAGCUACUGUAGCUCUAGCCAUCAUAUCCACCUUCCAAACAAGAAGGAGGAGGAAAUUCCUCAAAAAUUCCCAGCAGGUAUCUGCUUAUAACUCAUUGGUCAGAACUAUGUCUGGAUGUCAGAGAGACUGAGAAAUAAUAAUUUUUAAAUUGGGCACAUUGCUACCACAAACAAAAUUAGGGAUUUAAAUUUGCAGAAAGGAAAGAAAUAACUAUACUUCUCUUUAUUGAUUCAGCUUUUGAAGAUAACCUAAAGGUUGUCUUGUUUAAAUUUGUUUUCCUGUCCACAUUUUGGAAUAGCCUACUUUCUUUCAGCCUAUUUCUUUUGAUAUAUUUUUUUCUCCCUUCCUUGCUGACAGGAUUAAAAAUACAUUUCUUGAUUUAUAAAAGUAACAAUACUAGUUACUCUUUUUUGUGUCCUUACCAUUGAUGCUUUGAGGGGCUGGUGGGCAUUGCCUUGUGGUUUCUAUUCUGUCUAACACAACUUUUGAAGCUACUUUCUUUUCUAAACUUUAUUUUGAAUGUAGAUUUGAUAACAUUUUGUGAUAUAAAAGACAAGACAGUAUAGUUAGGAAGGCUAAUCUGGAAUUGGAUGGACCUCAGGUUAUCUAUGAUCCCUUUGAAAAUCAUAAAAGUGAAUUAGGUUGUUAAAAAAAUUACUGAACUGUGAGUUGUUGUAACACUAAUACUUGUGUAAAGAGGUUUGGUAGCUUGCUGAAACUUUUAGAGAUCAUUUGAGUUCAAAUGUUGUUGGCCAAAGUUGUGACAAGUUUCUUUAAAUUAUGAAUUAGAGUUUUUGCUAUUUAAAAAAGAAGGCACAUCUUUUCUGUAUGACUUAUGUUAAGUUGCCUAUGUUAUCAGUGUGCUAAAAGUUCUGGAAUAUUUGAAUUAGGUUAUACACGACUAUAUAAAACUCAGCUCUGCAUUCUGCUCAGGUUACUAAAGAUAAAUGCAUCAGACAUUCAAUAUCAGACUUUGCCGCAAGGUUUCACUCCCACAUAGAAGUACGCAUGCUCGUUUCUUCUAAGACGGCAUGAAGACCAAGCUUUCCAGUUUCCCUUUUACGUCACUCCGUAGUUGCAGCAGCAGUUUAAAAAUUGAAAAGUUUGGUUGCUUUAAAGAGCAGAUCUUGAGUGGAUUCUUAAAGUACAAAUGAUAUUUUCUCUUUGAUUUUAAAGAGAAACUUUACUGUCCAGAAUGGGUACACCAUAAAAUAUUGGAAGGAAGGAAGAGAAAGUUAGCUGCAUCCUAGUUUUCUAAAACCUGGCAAGCUGGCUGAGCUAGAAUUAGCUUUACAGAUGGCAUUUGGCAACAUAUCUCUAAGCCCUCAUCUCCUGAGUUUUCUUCCACCUGUCUAUCAAUUACAAUACCCAAUCACUGCUCAGAGAUGGAGAAAUGGGAUGAUCACAGCUCACACGAUGCUGUUAGGUUAGAAACGUCAGUGCUGCACAACCCACGGCUGAGUCAGUGUCUGUGAGAAAAUGAACUGAAUUAAUAUAGAGAGGGGGUUGUAUCUCCGAACAUAUAAAGCCUAAAUAACUGCAGCGGUAUUAUUGCACAGUAGAGGGAGGAAAGCUAAAGGAAGUCUGUGGACAGGUGAGGUAGGGGAGACUGGGACAUUUUCUCAUUGUUCAGAGGAACCUUGAAGAUGAUGGAAAUACCAGAUGUGCUAAAGUUUCCUAGUAAUGCCCAAGGAUGCUGACCUGGCUUUCAGUGCUGCAUUGUUUGAAAGAGCAGAGUCCCUUUAUACUCUGAUUUCAAAAUUUUUUUCUUGUUUCUGUGUUUCUACCUUGGCAUAUACUAAAGGAAGUACUCUCUCACGUGUUGCUAAAGGAGGAGUUGACCACACCAAAAUGAGUCUACAUGGUGCUAGUGGGGGACUUGAGAGAUCAAGAGAUAGACGAAGGUCAAGUGACAGAUCACGAGAUUCAUCUCAUGAAAGAACAGAGUCUCAGCUCACUCCUUGUAUUAGAAAUGUUACUUCUCCAACACGACAGCACCAUGUUGAACGAGAAAAAGAUCACAGCUCCUCUCGUCCAAGCAGUCCUCGUCCUCAAAAAGCAUCCCCAAAUGGUUCCAGUAGCAGUGCUGGAAACAGCAGCAGAAACAGUAGUCAGUCAAGUUCAGAUGGUAGCUGUAAGACAUCUGGGGAGAUGGUAUUUGUGUAUGAAAAUGCAAAAGAAGGAGCUCGGAAUGUAAGAACAUCAGAACGAGUGACACUAAUAGUGGAUAACACUAGAUUUGUUGUAGAUCCAUCCAUUUUUACUGCACAGCCAAAUACAAUGUUGGGCAGGAUGUUUGGGUCUGGCAGAGAACAUAACUUUACACGUCCCAAUGAGAAGGGAGAGUAUGAGGUGGCAGAGGGAAUUGGCUCCACUGUGUUUCGAGCUAUUCUGGAUUACUAUAAGACAGGAAUAAUCCGUUGUCCUGAUGGCAUAUCUAUUCCUGAACUGAGAGAAGCAUGUGACUAUCUUUGUAUCUCUUUUGAAUAUAGUACUAUAAAAUGUAGAGAUCUCAGUGCCCUAAUGCAUGAGUUAUCAAAUGAUGGUGCUCGUAGACAGUUUGAAUUUUAUCUGGAAGAAAUGAUCCUCCCUCUCAUGGUAGCUAGUGCCCAGAGUGGGGAACGAGAAUGCCACAUAGUGGUGCUUACAGAUGAUGAUGUGGUUGAUUGGGAUGAAGAGUACCCACCACAGAUGGGAGAAGAGUAUUCACAGAUAAUUUAUAGCACAAAAUUGUAUAGAUUUUUCAAGUACAUUGAAAACAGAGAUGUGGCCAAAUCAGUUCUGAAGGAGAGGGGUCUUAAGAAGAUUAGAUUGGGAAUAGAAGGAUAUCCUACCUACAAAGAAAAAGUAAAGAAAAGGCCUGGGGGCCGUCCAGAAGUGAUUUACAACUAUGUCCAAAGACCCUUUAUUCGAAUGUCCUGGGAGAAGGAAGAAGGAAAGAGUCGGCAUGUAGACUUUCAAUGUGUAAAGAGUAAAUCUAUUACCAACCUUGCAGCAGCUGCCGCAGACAUUCCCCAGGACCAGCUGGUAGUCAUGCAUCCAACUCCACAGGUGGAUGAGCUGGAUAGUCUCCCUAUCCAUCCCCCUUCUGGCAACAAUGACCUUGAUCCUGAUGGACAGAAUCCAAUGCUGUGAUGCUGAUGUUCCUUUGAAACCAUAGCAUGUUCCUCUUCACAGUGACGUUGUACUCUCCUCAUUCUGCACUGCAAGGCCACUCUUGUUCGUUGUGAGAUGCACAUAACAAAUGUUUAGGAUAUUGCAGUGUAGGCUUUUUUAAAGACCAAAGGUAGCUGAAUGGUUUUUUAAACUGAGUACAACUCUAGCAUCCUGAGGUUCCAGUUACAUAAAUGUAUUUGUUUACCAGUAGGUUUGUGAAAUUGGUUCUUUGUAUGGGGACAGUCCUUUUUCACACAUCUAGAUCUUUUCAGAAGUGGUGGAAAUUGGCAGCUGGGGUACCUUCAGUCUAGACUGAUACUGGUCACACCCCAGGGAAAACGCUGGAUAUUAUAUAGUUGCACUUUAUAAAUGGUGGUUAAAUGGAGCUAUUCAAGCCAUUUUUAUAGUUGUGAUGCACAGUAUAACUUAAGUGCUUCUAUCCAAGUGUCCCUCCGGUAAGAUGUGUGUAGUUUGCUGCCCACUGAUGAGCAUUUAUCAUUGGGCUUAUCUGAAUGAUUAGGAUGAGAUUCCAUGCCCGUAUCUUAGCAGUUCAGAUCUCUCCAGUGCUGUUUUCACCCGUUCAGAGCGAGUCACAUGCAGGGAGUGAACAUCAGAGGUGGUUUAUUAUCCAGUCUGCCUUACCCUUAAUCUGUUCAGAUAUUUAUUUACUAAUGAGGUUUUUUUUUUUUUCCUUAAGAGUUAUAGGGUA